GUGCGAGCCACAGAGCAGACCCCCAGCUGAGCUGGGGUGAGUGGGAGCCCUUGGCUCCCUUGGCUUCUGAGUCAAGGCUAAUGCUGUUAUAAACACGUUCCUGUUUUCCCCCACGAUUUUCUAACGACGCGGGUCACUUCCGAUCGGUGGGAGGAAUUAGGGGCUUGCCACUGGGCCGGGAGGAAAAUAACCCCACCCGAUCUGUGGGGCGUGCCUGUCUCCCCCUCCCCCACCUCUGCUUCUGGGUCCAGAGACCCUCAACAUGCACACUGGGGGCCCCCACCCACACCUCGGGGCGCACGCUGGCGGCCAGGCCCUCCAGCCGCCAGCACCCCUCCCCUGCACCCACUAGGACCUGGAGAGCAAGGAGGGCCCCCGGAGGAAGCCUUCCUGAAGCCCAGACUCAGGUGGGAACGACCCUGUUACCACCCCCCAUCCUUCCUCGGAGCGGUGGGGGCGUGGGGUGAGGUUGGUACCCCGUUUCCCCUCCUGGCUUCAUCCCCUGAGCAGGGCUCCCGGGGCGGGGGGCGGGUAGGCCCUUGCCUCAGUUUCCCCACGCUGGCUCGCCACCCCCUUCCUUGUCUGGGUUCCAGACCCUCGCCCCUCCCUUCUUGCCUCCUCUUCCUCCAGCAGAGACAGUGGCGAUGGGUGCUGGCGGCCCCCGGCGGGGCGCGGGUCCCCCGGACGGCGGCUGGGGCUGGGUGGUGCUGGGCGCCUGCUUCGUGGUCACCGGUUUCGCCUACGGCUUCCCCAAGGCCGUGAGCGUCUUCUUCCGCGCGCUCAUGCACGACUUCGGCGCGGGCUACAGCGACACGGCUUGGGUGUCUUCCAUCAUGCUCGCCAUGCUCUACGGCACCGGCCCGGUGUCCAGCAUCCUGGUGACCCGCUUCGGCUGUCGCCCGGUGAUGCUGCUGGGUGGGCUGCUGGCCUCAGCGGGCAUGGUCCUGGCAUCCUUCGCCACGCGCCUGCUGGAGCUCUACCUGACAGCCGGCGCGCUGACAGGCCUGGGCCUGGCCCUCAACUUCCAGCCGUCGCUCAUCAUGCUGGGGCUCUACUUCGAUCAGCGGCGGCCCCUGGCCAACGGGCUGGCGGCGGCGGGCAGCCCCGUGUUCCUGUCGGCGCUCUCGCCGCUCGGCCAGCAGCUGCUCGAGCGCUUCGGCUGGCGCGGCGGCUUCCUGCUGCUGGGCGGCCUCCUGCUGCACUGCUGCGCUUGCGGCGCCGUCAUGCGGCCGCCGCCGGGGCCCGGCCCCCCGCCCCGCACCCGCAGCGCGGGCGAAGCUCCGGAGGAGGCAGACGCGGACCGCAAGGGGCUGAGACUGAGCGAGACGCCCCCUGGCGGCAAGACUCGCCGACGCCUGCUGGACGUGACGGUGUGCGCCGACCGCGCCUUCGCGGUGUACGCCGUCACCAAGUUCCUGAUGGCGCUGGGGCUCUUUGUGCCCGCCAUCCUGUUGGUGAACUACGCCAAGGACGCGGGCGUGCCUGACGCGGACGCCGCUUUCCUGCUCUCCAUCGUGGGCUUCGUGGACAUCGUGGCGCGGCCAGCGUGCGGCGCUCUCGCCGGCCUGGCGCGUCUGCGACCGCACGUCGCCUACCUGUUCAGCCUCGCCCUGCUGGCCAACGGGAUCACGGACCUGAGCAGCGCGCGCGCGCGCUCCUACGGCGCCCUCGUCGCCUUCUGCGUCGCAUUCGGCCUCUCCUACGGCAUGGUGGGCGCGCUGCAGUUCGAGGUGCUCAUGGCCGCGGUGGGCGCCCACCGCUUCCCCAGCGCGCUGGGCCUGGUGCUGCUCAUCGAGGCCGUGGCCGUGCUCAUCGGGCCGCCUUCUGCCGGCCGCCUGGUGGACAUGCUGAAGAACUACGAGAUCAUCUUCUACUUGGCUGGCUCUGAGGUGGUCCUGGCCGGGGUCUUCAUGGCUGUGGCCACCAACUGCUGCCUGCACCGUUCUCGGGACUCCCCGCCCGGCCCAGGCAGCGAGGGCGGGGCCAGCGACAGCGAGGAUGCCGAGGAUGAAGGGGACUCUGAAGCCCUGCCUGCCCAGGAGCCCGGUGGCCUCCAGGCCCUGGAGGUGCUGAGCCCCGCGGCCGAGCCCGCAGAGCCCGAGGUGGAGGAGGGACCAGAGCCAGGGCCGGCGCCCACGUCUGCGUAGCGCAGGGGGGCCGAGGAGGGGUGGCCGUCACUUCAGCCGCAGCGCUUCCCCUCCCAGAGCCCCCGCUGCUCCUAGGGGGUCUGGCACACUGGGGACUGCUCGGGGCAGUCACCCCUGGGGCCAGGUGGGAAGCUGCCCCCCUCAUCUGCCCAGCGGGCCAUGGCUGGGCCCUGUCCCCCCCCGCACCCCGUGAAGCUGCUGCACCCAGACGGUCUGAGCCCUGCAAGACCCAAGGUCAUAAAGCUCAGCUGAAAGACA